GUCACAUGGCCACCUGCAGCAGUGCAGCAGAGUGACUGAAAAAGUUUGCAAGAGGGAGCUUUAAAUACGACUCGAUUUCAAGGCAACUACAAGCCACCCUGCAGCUCCAAGUCAAGAUGCUCCUGUCCGUGGUCCUUGCCUCUGCCCUGCUUCUCUGCUCUGUGGCCAGCCAGAGGUGUUUGACCUUGUCAGGGAUCCAUGAUGUCACGUACCUCAUUAACAAACUGCAGGAACAUCCACCUUCAAAAUGUGGCUGUGGCACCAACGUGACCGAUUGUUUGUGUCUGCCCAUUCCUUCUGACGACUGCACCACACCGUGCUUCCAGGAAGGGCUGUCCCAGAUGACCAACUCCACGGUGCAAACAAGUUUCCCCCUGAUCUUCAACCGACUAAAAAGAACCGUCAAAGACCUAAAGAGCAGCAAGUGCCAGUUUUUUUCCUGUGAACAGCCGUGUAACCAAACUGCAACAGGCAACGUGCUGACAUUCCUGAAGAGUCUCCAGGAAAUUUUACAGAAAGAAAGGGUGAAAGGCACAGUAUGA